CCUCCUCCAUCUGUCAGGACUGCGUUGCUCUGUGAGACUGUUGAUGCACUGAAGUAAAAAAAAAAAAAAAAAAAAAUACUGCAAUCCAACUUUGUGCGUCAGGCUCGGAUGGAGACUUCUUCGGGGAAAAAGACAAACUUAGUGAGCAGAUUUCUUUCUCUUUAAACAUUUUCUCCACUUUCACCCCCCUCUGAGCUCUCUCUUGCAGUAUGAAGUGCAGUUAUGGCUCGGAGUAGCAAGUCAGUCGCGCGGACCCUGGAGGAUUUGACGCUGGAUUCGGGUUAUGGUGGAGCCGCGGACUCCUUCAGAUCUUCCAGCGCGUCUCUGUGCUGCUCAGAGGCGCAUGGGGCGAAUUACUGGCAACUAACCGACUCCAUGCACAGUCGCCACAACAGUCUGGACACGGUCAACACGGUCCUGGUCGAAGACGCCGAGAUCCUGGAGUGCAGCGGGCAGUGCGCGAAACUACCCGAGCUUGAGGAUGUGCCGUGGAGCCUCGGGGAAGCGGCGAGCGCACUGAGCAGGGACGACGAGGUGAGCCUGCCGACCCCCCCGCAGGACGUCCUGCUCCGGCUCUCGGUGCUGGUCAGCCGCGUCCUGGUCCGGGUGGCCAAGGAGGCGCAGCGCCUGAGCUUGCGCUACGCCAAAUGCACCCGGAACGAGGUCCAAAGCGCCACGAAGGUCGUCCUGUCGUGGAGCGUGUCGGUGCGCUGCGUCGGCGCGGCCGUCAGCGCCUUGUCCCUGUACAACAUGAGCACGGAGGAGGAGAAGUUCAGCCGCGGCAAGUCGGCGCGCUGCGGACUCGUCUUCAACGUGGGGAAGUUCUUCAGGUGGAUGGUGGACAGCAGGGUGGCGGUCAGGAUCCACGAGCACGCGGCCAUCUACCUGGCCGCGUGCAUGGAGAGCCUGUUCCGCGAGGUAUACGCGCGGGUGCUGCGCAGUGCGCUGCUGGAGCCAGACAACGGGAUCCCCAAGUUGACGGUGGAGACCUUGGAGCAGGCGGUCAGCGGGGACGCAGAGAUAUGGGGGUCCCUGCAGCCCUGGCAACACCUGAUCUGUGGCAAGAAUGCAAGUGGUGUGCUCAGCCUACCUGAGGGUCUGACUCUUCACAGGGACCAGCAGCAGCAGAGAGCGGGGAAGAGCAGGGAGGGAAACCCCUACAGUCAGUCCGAGCUGCGUGCCAUAGAACAGUGCUUACUGGCCACAAGGGUGGGGAGCAUAUCUGAACUCAGUGAUCUAGUGUCCAGAGCCAUGCACCACCUUCAGCCUUUGUAUCUGAAGAAUCAGAGCAACGGGACGCCGAUCCAUCCAAAGAGCUGUGCGAUUCACUGGGCACCUGAAGCGAUCUACACACUGUGUUACUUCAUGCACUGCCCUCAUAUGGAGUGGGAGAACCCAAACGUGGAACCCUCCAAGGUGCCAAACACAGUUCACAAGCAUCCCUCAAUCUUUCCUGAAACGCGGCAGUCGACACCCCUCACUUUCGCCGUGUUGCACGGACAUGUGCCUGUGGUGCAGUUGCUGCUGGAUGCCAAAGCCAACGUGGAGGGUUCCCUGCAGGACGGGAUGGAGAACUACACAGAGACGCCACUUCAGCUGGCUGCUGCUGCAGGUAACUUUGAGUUGGUGAGUUUGCUGCUGGAGCGAGGGGCCGACCCAAUGGUGGGAACCAUGUAUCGUAAUGGGAUUUCCACUGCUCCACAGGGAGACAUGAACUCCUACAGCCUGGCUGCAGCUCAUGGACACAGAAAUGUAUUUCGUAAGCUGCUAUCCCAUACAGAGAAAGGCAAAGGGGAUGUUUUGUCCUUGGAAGAGAUUCUGGCAGAAGGUUCGGAGCUGGAAGGCGGAAGUUCUUCUCAGAUUGACUUGAUCCGUACUGGAAAGGCCAAACUUAAAGCCCUUAAAGAAGCCAUGUACCACAGCUCUGAGCAUGGACAUGUUGACAUCACCAUAGAUAUACGGAGCCUGGGAGUCCCGUGGACUUUGCACACUUGGCUGGAGUCUCUGCGUACAUGUUUCCAUCAGCACCGCCGACCUCUGAUCCAGGGUCUCCUGAAAGAGUUCAGCUGCAUUGAUGAAGAAGAGUACACAGAGGAGCUCAUCACGCAUGGCCUGCCUCUGAUGUUCCAGGUCCUCAGGGCCAGCAAGAAUGAAGUGAUCAGUCAGCAGCUGUCUGCCAUCUUCACGCAGUGCUACGGUCCAUACCCCAUCCCCAAACUGUCGGAGAUAAAGAGGAAGCAGUCGUCACGCCUGGACCCCCAAUUCCUGAACAAUAAAGAGAUGUCUGAUGUGACCUUUUUGGUGGAGGGUAAGCCUUUCUACGCCCACAAAGUCCUGCUCUUCACCGCUUCUAACAGAUUCAAAUCUCUUCUGGCAAACAGGCCUUGUGGUGAAAACACGUGCAUUGAAAUCAGCAAUGUCAAAUAUCACAUCUUUCAGCUGGUGAUGCAGUAUCUGUACUGUGGAGGAACAGAUGCUCUUCACAUCAGGAACACUGAUGUUAUGGAGCUCCUGUCAGCAGCCAAGUUCUUCCAGCUGGAAGCGUUGCAGAGACACUGUGAGCUGAUCUGCUCCAAGAACAUAAACACAGAAACGUGUAUCGAGAUCUACAACCACACAAAGUUCCUGGAUGCUCCAGACCUGGCCUCCUACAUCGAGGGCUACUUCCUGAAGAACAUGGUGAUCCUGAUCGAGCUGGAGCCGUUCAAACAGCUGCUGUACGAUGCGCCUCCUGAAAGCCCCGGCUCCGACAUCCUGCAGGCCUUGGAGAGAACGCUGGCCAUUCGCAUCCAGUCCAUCCACUUGUCUUCCUCUAAGGGGUCCGUUGUCUGAACUCCUAAACUCCGAGCCCUGCGCCAGACACUAAGCAGAGACCCAGCACAUCAAUGCUAAACAUCUGAGUAGAUUCUUUUCCAGUUAAGCAGGAAAUCAUGGACUGUUCAUGGUAUGAUUUUAGUCUCUGUGCAGCUCAUCAGUUGCUAUAUGCUUCUUAUCUUAGCGCAGAUAGGUUCGAGCCUGUCUGCCUGCCUUGUUGAUAAAUGUCUUCUAACAUGGUAGCUGUCAACUUGCCAAUAACUAACUGAACACAAUCAUCGGAGCUUCUGAAUACACGGCUCAAUACGUAACCUCAACAUAAUGUGAUAAGCCAUCCGUAAGUCCCAGGCUAUGGAGGAGCUACUGCCUCGUGUUCUGAUUGUUUGGCCCUGUACAGAAAAACAUCAUUUGUAUAUUUGCGAGUCACAUCUGUGCUGAUUACGCUGUAAA